AUGGCAGCAUUUGGGGAGGAGCUGUUGAAUGUGGUCAACAAGCUCCAGGACCUCGUCUUCAACACCAUUGGCAAUGACUCCCUGGACUUGCCGCAGAUCGUCGUCGUCGGCUCGCAAUCCUCAGGCAAAUCAUCCGUCCUCGAAAACAUCGUCGGUCGAGACUUCCUUCCUCGCGGCAGUGGUAUCGUCACCCGACGACCACUCAUCCUCCAACUCAUCAACCUCCCCUCCGACCGAAGCGACAAGCCCGAAGAGCACGAAGUACAUGUCCCACACACACCAGCCGCUGUCGCAGGACAGGAUGAAUGGGGCGAGUUCAAUCACAUUCCCGGACGAAGGUUCUACGACUUCCAAGAGGUCAAGCGCGAAAUCGAGAACGAGACAGCCAGAAUAGCGGGCAACAACAAGGGCAUCAACAGGCAGCCCAUCAACCUCAAAGUCUACUCGCCACACGUCCUCAGCCUGACACUGGUAGAUCUGCCAGGUCUGACCAAGGUCCCGAUUGGCGACCAACCUACAGACAUCGAAAAGCAGACCCGCAACCUCAUCUCGGAGUACAUUGCAAAACCAAACAGCAUUAUACUUGCAGUCUCGCCAGCGAACGUGGAUCUGGUCAACUCGGAAUCGUUGAAGCUCGCGCGACAGGUCGAUCCAACUGGCAAGCGCACCGUUGGCAUCCUUACCAAGCUGGAUUUGAUGGACCAUGGUACAAACGCACUGGACAUUCUUUCUGGACGAGUCUACCCACUCAAGCUUGGCUUCAUCGGUGUGGUCAACCGAUCACAGCAGGAUAUCCAAGGCAACAAAUCGAUGUCCGAUGCGCUGUCUGCUGAGCGCGAGUUCUUCCGCAUGCACCCUGCUUACCGAAACAUCGCAUCAAGAUGUGGCACUCAAUACCUCGCAAAAACGUUGAACCAGACCCUGAUGGUACAUAUCCGAGAGCGGCUGCCAGACAUUAAGGCGCGCCUGAACACGUUGAUGGGCCAGACACAGCAGGAGCUUGCAUCCUAUGGAACCGAUGCAUUCACCGGGCGGGAGCACCGUGGCUCACUUAUACUCCAGCUGAUGACUCGUUUCGCAACAUCCUUCAUCUCCUCAAUCGACGGAACGUCUUCCGAGAUCAGCACGAAGGAACUCUGCGGUGGCGCCCGCAUUUACUACAUCUUCAACUCGGUAUUUGGUAACAGUCUGGAAUCGAUCGACCCUACUGUGAAUCUGUCGUCCCUCGACAUUCGAACAGCGAUUCGAAAUUCAACUGGUCCCAGGCCGUCGCUAUUUGUACCUGAACUCGCCUUUGAUCUUCUUGUGAAACCCCAAAUCAAGCUCCUGGAAGUGCCAAGCCAAAGAUGCGUUGAGCUGGUGUAUGAAGAACUUAUUAAGAUCUGCCAUACAUGUGGCUCGACCGAAUUGUCGAGAUACCCUCGACUUCAAGGCAGACUCAUUGAAACCGUGUCGGACCUCCUCCGGGAACGUCUUGGACCAUCUUCAUCCUACGUGGAGAGCUUGAUAUCGAUACAGAGAGCCUACAUCAACACCAACCACCCCAACUUCCUCGGAGCAGCAGCGGCGAUGAGCAGCGUGAUGCAGGACAAGCAUGAAAAGGAGAAGCAACAAGCGGCGGCAGCAGAGAAACGGAAACGAGAAGAACGAAAGCAGAAGGAACGAGAACAGGCAGGUAUGAACGGGACGCAUGCGCCUGACGAGGACGAGGAGCAACUACAUAGCGUACUACCGGUUCGUUCGGCCACUAAGUCGAAAGAAAGCAGAAGCAUGAGUCCAGCAGUUGGCCGGGAUGGACAUAGAUUUGGACAUGCCAAUAGUGCACCCAAUGGUGUUCCCAAUGGCGGCCGAGAUUCGUUCUUGAAUUACUUCUUUGGCAAGGAGAAUGGCACAAGUGCAGGCGCGUUACCGGGACAGGGCUCGGAACGGUCGCUGCCAGGGCAUGGCGGCAGUAGACAUGUCAGCCAGAACAUCGAGCCCAGCAUAAGUGCGAGCUUCAGGCGCGGCGAUACACGGCCGCCACCUGUAGUCGAGAGCGUCACCACCGAAGAGCUGGAGCGUGAUGAGAACGGACUGGAUGAUCCAGCAGGUCCGGCACUUACAGAACGGGAGUCUCUGGAAACGGAGCUCAUUCGCCGACUCAUCAGCAACUAUUUCAACAUCGUCCGUGAGACCAUUGCCGACCAAGUACCCAAAGCGGUCAUGCACCUGCUUGUAAACCACUCAAAAGAUGCCGUGCAGAACCGGCUUGUAUCAGAACUGUAUAAGGAGGGUCUCUUUGAGGAACUAUUGUACGAAGAUGAUGGCGUGAGGGAGGAACGAGAGAAGUGCGAGAAGCUGCUCAGCACAUACAAGGAGGCGAGCAAGAUCAUUGGCGAGGUGCUAUGA